ACAUAUUGGCCAGUUUCUCAAAUCUUUAACAACCUUUUUAUAAUAUGUUGAAAAUCUAACUUGUUAAAUUUGUAUUUCACAGCAAGUGAAACAUACCGUCUCACAGUGUUACCCCUCUCUCUCUCCACUCCCCUCUUGUCAUUCCCAGCUCACUCUAUUUUGGUCCCUCGCUGAGUCAGAUGGACAGUUCCCAACUUAGAAUGACACAAACAGGCAGAUCAACUCUUCCUGAAUUCAGGGCACCUGAAAAUACUGAGAACUUUAAAAUACACUGAUAAUCAACCGUGGGAACUGCAAAAGUAAAAGGUGGAGGAUAUUACCAAGAUGGAGGAAAGUGAGCGACUGGACUCGGAGCCAACGGAGCUGCAGGAACUCCAGGGUGGAGCUUCAGAGUCCAUGAGCCAGGAUGAUGAAGACGAGUUGGAGGAACUGCAGAACAGUCUACGAGAGAUUGUCCAGGACCAGUCUGUGAAACCCAAAGUCCAGUGCCUGAUGGUGGAUCCAUCAUUCUCCAUGGUGACAGUUCAGAGCGAGGACAGUGGUAUUGUUUGGGAGACAGCCUCCAGCCGCUGCUCUACUCCCUGGGCCUCUGAAACAAGUUCAGUCUCUGAAGCCUGCAGCAUGGAGGGCCCUGGAGCCGCAGGAAAUAUCACCAUUGUCUUUGAUGAGGAGAAAAUCGUCCGCAGGAGGACAAGAUCCGGAGGAAGGAGCAGCAGGCUAGGGGACAGGCUGAGCCGACCUGGUAGUUCAAGAUCGGCUUCAGCUCUGGGAGUGGAGAGAGCGGAGAUGGCAGAGGUUUCUCUUCCCAACGUCAAACAGGAGAAAACCGAAACAGAGCCAAACUUGAAAGAACUCAAAAGCAAAGAUCAGCAGCUGUUUAGUUUGAUUUCAGAAGGUUAUGAGAUUCUCAACAUUAGAGUCCCCUCCAAACUUCCCACUGUGGAUGAGGAGGAGAACACAGAGCUGCAGGAUAACUUGUCUUACCUGGACCAGACUCCGAAGAUCAGGUCUCGAAACCACAGUGAAUGGAUACGGCAACAGAAUCAAGUCCUGUCAGCGGAAGGGGAAAUACUAGAUAGCAAGGAGCAUUCAAAGCAAGAUUCUUGCCAGGAUUCAGUGGACACAGAGCUUGGAUACACACCUGCUCAGAAAGUGAACACCAGUGACGUGGACUACUUUGAGAAAUUUACCCUUUUGGAUGAGACGGUUCCUGGAGAACAAGCUUCGAUGCUACAGGAGGAGGCAGAGCAGCCUGCAGUGAAACCCCAAGCAGAGGAGCAAACACCUACUAAGGAGAUAGUCAAAGACAGCCCUUCUGCGCCAGAAGACUCCUUUGUCUUAGUUGCAGAUGUGGACAUAGUUGGGGAACACCUGGAUGAGGUUUUCUACGGAGAAGGAGCUGCUACUGAUGCUCUGCAGGGGAGAGAAGAUGGUGAGGCCAGGAUUAGAACGAGACGAGAGAGUCAGAGAUCGAUGAAGGAGAGUGGUUCAGUGCUGUUUGGGAGUGAAGAGACCACCCUCACCCCUAUCUAUAUCUCCCCUGGGCCUCCAAAGAUCAUUGAUCCCAUCCUUCUGGAGGAGCCCACCGCCAUGUCCUUCAUGUACUCAGACCUUUACGAGGAUGCUGUAGGUGAGAGGAGGAAGAGUGACGAGGAAUACUCUGAGGCAGAAAGUGUGACAUCUGAGAAGUCUUAUGAGAGAUGUUUGUCAGAUUCAGAGGAGGCAGAGGGGUACCUGGAGAAAUUCAUUUUGAAGGAUGAAACACCCACAGUGGAGGUUCAACCAGAGUCAAUGGAGCAUGAGAGGGAGGGGAGGAUGAUGUGGUCGCAGAGUAAAUUCGAAACGACAGGAUGUUUAACAAGAGUGAGGAAAGAAGAAGAUGAGGACAUGAAAAAGACAGAUGCACCAAAGGAGGGCAGUGGCGGAAGUAGAAGUGAAGAUUUACAAUCAGCAUCAAUUAAAAAGAAAGGAGAUAUAGUUACAGGAAAAGGCGGGGAAGAAAUACAACUCUUCACGAUAACUGAAAAGCAGCCUGUGAAAGAAGCCUUAGAGGAAUCUAUUCAAGACUCUAAACUGAGAAAGGAUCAGAUGGAGGAUUGGGAAGCAGAACGUGAGAUGAAAAGAGACCAGACUGAACCUCCUGAGAGCAGCACCAAUGAGCCACUUUCUGAAACUCAAGCAGAGAAAACAGAGGAGGGUGGCAAGCAUCAGAGAGAAGAGGAGCGCAUUACUGAAAUCCAGCAGUCAAAUCAGACACAAAAAGUCGUGGAAAUCAACGGUGAAGUGCUUGUGAAGGCUACAGAAGAGAAAGAAAGGAAAGCACCUGUAAACAGUGAGGUGCCUGUACUGGAUGUUAAAUCUAAAAUACAAACAGAAACCACAGAUAAGAAAUUGUCUGAAGAGACAGUUACUGAAACAAAGAUGGUGGCUGCUGGUGAAAAAAUAACAACAGUGGCCAAAGCAGAGGCCCCAGCUGAAGUCAAAGAACCUAAAGAGGAAAUGUCCACCUUGACUGAAUCCUCAGGUGAAUCAACUGAAACAUUACAAUAUAAGAAAAAAGAAGCAGCAGAAGUUAUUCUUGCAGAUGUUGCACCCGUUGAGGUCAUCACUGACUGUGAUUGUGCAGUACAUGCAGUAGUGGAAGUAACUGAAAAAGUACUGAGUGACAAAGAGAUUCAAACCCAAGUUCAGAUUGAUCUUCAGGAAAGAGCAAGUGCUGAGACAUCAGCUCCUGAAGGAGAAAAAGAACGUGAAGUUAAAUUGCCUGAAUUUGUUUCUAAAACUGGGCAGGAGUCACAGGUUAAAAUUGAGAUUUUGCCUGAAGAAGUGAAGACAAAUUCAGAGAAGAAACACCAUGAAGUCCUUGAUUUCAAGCAGCAUCAACAAGAAGAGUCAGUAACUGAUAGUGCAGCAGGUAAAACAAAGCUGAUAACUGAAGUGAAAUCACCCACAGCAGGUGUUGGGACUGCUGAUCAGGACAUGACGGAUGUUAAUGAUGAGUUAAUCCUCCUCGUCCCCAAAGGACAAACUGUAGAGCUCAGUAUUGAUCAGUGGUCGGGCAAGAUUACAAGUGAUGUAGCUCUUCCUGAACCAGAACAUCUCAUAGCACCUGAAGAUUCAGUGGCACCCUCAGAGACUCUACGGGCACUGAUGGAAGGCACAAAGACAGUGCCUCAAUUGGAAGUAGAACCAGAAAUUACUGUAAUGGAAGCAGAACUACUUAUAAAUCACUUAGACAGGAAGUACUCACCAGCACCUGUGGAGGAGGAGCAGAAGAUGCAGAGGGACUUAGAAGAAGACAAAGGCAUCUUUUCUCCUCUGAGAAGCUUUACUCCCCAGGAGGAUUUAUCAAGGCUGCACAGAGAGGGUAUGCAGUUUGAAGAAGGAGAUGGAGAACAAAGGGCAGAGAUGCACAAGAUAGAAGAUGCCCCAGAAAGCAACAUUACUAAAGAGCGUGGAGCUCAGUAUACUGAUCUACACACAGAGGAUGUCAAGCACAAUGAGUACAAUGAGGUGGCUCCAGAGGUGCUUGUUGAGGAGCUUGAUUAUGUGGUCAUAUCUAAACAGGAUGCAAAAGACAUGCCAGAAUCUGGAAUACAGAGAGAUGCAGAGGAACCAAGACCCGUGUCUAGUCAGGACAGAGACAUAGAAGUGCAGAUGGAGGGGAAAGUAUUCGAUCUGUCAGAAGAUCGAUUACCAGAAGAAGAGAUCAUAGAAGCUGACUAUGAAAUCAUUGAUGCAGAAGAAGAAAGACAAGCCCGACUCACUGCUGAGCUGCAGGGGAUGGACUGGUUCUGUCUCACCUGUGGAUGUCUGCUAUCAGAGGACGACUGUGUUUCUGAAGAGCAUUGCAGCCAUGAGGUGAACAAUGUGGACAAAGCCUAUGAGGAAAUCAAGGAGAAGCUUGGUGACUGGAUCUCAGAGCUUCAAGGCAGAUCAGAGAACAUUGAAGACAUGGUGGCUGAGCUGGAGCUGGCCUACAACUCUGUAGAGGACAUGAGUGUGGAGUGCGAGGCGGCGAUGCAUGCACAGAAUGAGGAGAUGAUGGCUCUGGUGAUGGAUCAGUACAACAACAUGUCCAUCAGCAUGGAGGAGGAGAAAAAGACCAAGCUGGAGCAGCUGUAUGAUCAGAUUGUCUCCUUCCAGGAGAGCAUAGACUCCGCCAAGGCCACUCUAGAGACCACAGCCAGAGAGGCUGAGACUGAUGCACGGGUGACUCAAUUAACAGCAAAGAAGGGUUUUAACACAAACUUGCUCUUGUGGCCAGAAGCUAAAUGUUGUGGUUGUGUCAGGCUCAAGGCAGCUCUGGACUCAGCCAUGUCACUGGAGCUGGGUCCCAGAGGACUACUGGUGUUUGAGGACUAUGCCAAGGGCAAUGCUUCCAGCUCACACCAUGCACAACGCAAAGGAAUCCCAGUGCCUCAGAGGCCCACGCUGCAGCCCCAGGAGCCGGGCUCAGCCACCAGCUCCAGUGUCACUGUUUACUGGAAAGUCAACCCUGGGGACAUCAUAGACUGCUUCCAGAUCUACUGUAUGGAGGAUCCACAAGGAGCUGUGUCAGAAGAGUACCGUAUGACAGUGAAGGAGAGUUACUGUGGCCUGGAGGAACUGGAGCCUGACAAGACCUACAAGGUGUGGGUGAUGGCUGUCAACUAUACUGGCUGCUCUCUGCCCAGCGAGAGACUCACCUUCAGAACUGCUCCAUCGGUGCCAGUGAUUGACACAGAGCGCUGUUCUGUCAUGUGGGAUUCGGCCAUACUGAGGUGGACCUCAGCAAAACAGCCUCUUGAGCACAGUUACAUCCUGGAGUACUGCCGCCAGUAUGAAGUCGAGGGAGAGGGGCUCAGGUCAAUCUCAGGUAUCAAAAGCUGCGAACAAGGGGUUGUCCUGCAGCCUAAUGAGAAUUACCUGUUUUACAUCAAAGCUGUGAACGACGUUGGAGCCAGUGAACAGAGCGAGGCUGCUCUCAUUUCCACAAAAGGGACAAGGUUCCACCUGUUGAACACCUCGGCUCACCCUGCUUUGGAGCUGUCAGUGGACCAGACCACCCUGCACUAUUCCCAGGACACACACGACAACACACCAUUCGCAGACAAACAGUGUCCAUCCAUCCUGGGUGAGUUGUUGCCGGCACGAGGGCGCUACUACUGGGAGACCAUUGUGUCAAGAAGUGCAGCUUACAGGCUCGGGGUGGCGUACAGCACAGCCAACAGAAACAGAUCACUAGGGGAGGACACUCAGACAUGGUGUUUGCAGUGUGUCCCCACAGCAUUUGGCUGCAGGUAUCAGUUGCUCCACAAUGAGGUUCAGUCCACUGUGUUUGUGACUGAGAUGCCUGAGCGAGUGGGGACUCUUCUGGAUUACCAGCUUGGUUGUCUAUCUUUCUACAAUGCCCAGAAUGGUCAGUUGUUAGGUGCCUUCAGCCAGCACUUCACCCAGCCCUGCCACCCUGCUCUGGCCCUGGAGAUGCCGGGCAGCCUGGAGGUCAGCAUGGUGCCGGAGCUACCGGAGUUUACCAAGGACAGCUAGCUCUGCUAUCUGCCUCACACCACAAAGAGUUUAAAGUUCAUGUUGGACAUUUGUUCAUUUGAAUUAUCUCAUCAUGAGGGGACAUAAAACAUACUAAUCUCCACAGUAAAGGCAACAUAUUGGGUCCCAUUUAUCCAAAGAAGACCUCGUUUUCACACCUGUUUUUACUAAAAAGGAACUUGAUCAGCAUAGAACUCAAUUUAAAUUUUUUUUUUUUUUGAUUGAACACUAAUUCAAUUUAACAUCAUUUUGUAUCAGAAAUGAAAAUGCCUUGUACAUACCAAAAACAGAGGCAGUACAAAUGAAUAAUGUAUGUGUGGGAGGACUGGAUUGAAACUCAGUGGCAUGACAUGCUUUCACAGGCGAGUGCCUUGUAUUUUGUUUCAUCAAGGAGCAUCAUUUUGUAAUUCUGACCAUUAAGUAUGCUGAUGUGACCGUUUUGUACUGAGGUGUAACUGUUUUGUGAUUUACUCACUUUAGUUGUCCCUGUUUCUGCACACUUACUUACAGAUACUGUGAGUAAAGGCUCUGACAACAUACUGAAGCAAAUACACACUGUAGGCAUACUGAGAUAAACAAAUGUUUUGCCAUCCCAAAGUUUACACAGCAAGUGUUAUUUCUCCACAAAAUAUAGAAUAGUGCUUUUGAACUGUUUUAUAUUGUGAAUAGGCCUAUUUUGUGUAAAUAACCUUUGUAAACAGAUGUGAUCAGUUCCAUAUUUUGUUAUGUGUGACUGAUGGCUUACUUUCCCUGUCUUGUAAAGUGAUUUUCCCAUCAGAGCUGAAUGAACAUAAUUAUUUUUCUAUUUGCAUUUCUAUUCCAUUUCUAUUUGGUUGUUGUUAUUAGUUCUCUAACAUAUAAUCACCACCAGAGGGUGUCAGUUCUCUAUUAGCCUUAAUACGGGCUCAGAACAUUGGAACAUGUUUAUAUUCGUUCCCCUCCUAAAUGUGGACAAACUGCUUUUUCAACUAUAAAAUCCAAGGCAGCUGGUAGCUGAACUACACUUUAAGUAAAACGAGAGUGACAGCAGGGUUUGAGAAGCACCCGAAACCACAAUUUACUUAAAAAAAUCCUAUGGCCAUGUAUUUUUCAUCAUCUUGUACAUUUACCAAAAUUAAAAUAAAAAUGUGUAAAGUUCAAUACACAAGUUAAAUACAAACAAAAAUGUGAGUUGAAUGGGGUUUUUCUGUUACAGUUAAAAUGGCCUUCAGGCCAAAAUCAGUGAGUUAUAUUUCCACUACCGAUCCUAACAACUUCUGCAGAUUCUUUCAUGCAUGUAGAUUCCAGAUGCCUUUUUAUGACUAGUAUGAGCUACUGUAGAUUUGUGGUCUACACACCAGAGGGCAUGUCAUUUCUCAGUUAUUAUAGUAAUAUUUUCCAGUCAUCAAUACUGUUUCCCUCUCAUCUCUGAUAC